GGUAAGAAAGAGGAGGCAGUAGAAGAAGAGGUGGUAAGAGACUAACAUCAGAAUUCCCUCUUCACUGGUUUGAAUUCUCAGAGAUUCCAGAAUGUCCUUUAGCAGGUGGAAGCUGUGUGUGCUGUUGCUCAUGAUCUCACAAGUUUAUUCAGCAAGACAAGUAAUAAGUGCUGUUGGUGACUCUGUAAGUCUUGAGAACUCUGAGCCCUAUAAAGAACUUUCAGAAGCUUCAUGGUUUUACAACAAGACCCAGAAGAUCCUAAGAUGGACCAGAGAAGAAGGAACUACAAUAUUUGAAACAAACAUGAAACCUCGAAUCUCCUUUGAUGUUAAUAAUAUCGCCAUAUGUAUCAAACACGUUCAGAAGGAAGAUAGUAGCACCUAUAAGCUCCAGACUUUCUCAUCCAAAUCAAGUCAGGAACACUCAGAGCACAUCAGGCUGGAUGUAUAUGAGCCACUGACAAAGCCAAAAAUUACAGGUAGUCCUAGAUUUGAUGAUAAUGGUACCUGUCUUGUCAACUUGACAUGUUCCGUGGAACAAAUAAGAGAGAAUGCAUCGUACAGCUGGAUGUCCAAGGGGCAGGGGACUAAUGUAUUCACUUCAGGACCUAUCCUCAUCCUCAAUUGGAAACCUGGUGACCAUGACCUGAACUACACCUGUACUGCCAGAAACCCUGUCAGCAACAGCUCCAGGACCGUUCUUGCCAAGGAGUUCUGUGCAGGAAAGACCUCUAGAGUGGACCAAGAGUUGCUAUUAAUCAUUCUGCCUUCCAUCUUCAGCUUCUUGUUUGCUCUGAAUUGGACCCAAUAACAUUACUGCCUUGCUGGAAUUCCAACCAUAUUUUGCCUUCACUGACCCACACUAAUCAACUUGCAUAGAAAUUGCAGAAGCAGAAAGGCAGAAAGACAGAAAGAGAAGAGAAAGAAAUCUUUUUAUGUUACAUUGUAGUUUUAUUUAUUUUGUUAAAUUUUGUUAAAUUGCAAUUAAUUCUGGUUAGGUGAAAGGAGUUGUAUAGUUAGUUAGGAGUUUGUUAACUCCAACCUAAAUGAAGAUCAUCAGCAGCAAAUUUAGCAUUUAUUCAUCAAAACCCAAUUUUUUCCCGCAGGAUUUUAUAUUUCUUCUAUAAUGGUAUGCUUAUGAGAGGGAAAACCUUCAAAAUUUCUAUUUUGCAUAAUGUGUCAAAUGAACUUUAUACUAUAUUCAUAUUACUUUGUAACUACACUUUCUUGUCAAAUAUGGUGAAUAUUUUGGACAACUUCUUUGCUGUUAUAUAUUUUUUUCAGAAAUAAAGUAAGAACUGAAUUCACAAUGUAA